AUGGGACCGUUGCCGCCGCAGAACAGACCCUUGUCAUUCGCUGCUUUGAAAGCGAAGAAGGCCCCUCCCAAGAUUACCACAAAGAUCGUCACUGUGAAUGCACAUGCGAAGACGGCGAUGAAGCCUCAGCCAUCCGUUCCGUCCACCAAGCCUUCGGUCGCGCAAAAACCUGUCUCUAACGGAACCCCACACGUAGGAAAUGGAUAUCGCAAGUCAAGCACGCCGGCUUCAAUACCUUCGAGACAAACAAGCCGCGAGCCACUGGAAAGGGUGAAGCAAGAAAAACAAAGCCGAACAAAACGAUCGUCUCCCGCGGUCUCCACCCCGAGACUGACGAGUUCAGAUGAAGAAAGCGAGGCAGACGAGGACCAACCUAGAAAGCGACUUCGACUCGAUCAGACCGGAAGAAUAGACGAAAAACGGCGAGUUCGGGAUCUUGGGUCAUUUUCUGAAGAAGAUAGUGGUGUCUUCUCCAUGGUGCAUGCGCUGGACAUUGCGAACAGCUGCAUCAUCGAGCAGGGGAGAGACAAGUACGAAGCAUUUUUCACGGCUCUGGAAGGAGAUGAGGAUGAAUGUCCAACAAUCGAGCUGCAAUAUCCUAGUGCGUUACAAUGCGAGAAGUAUCAGCUGGUCAGGCCGACGGAUUCCUCAGAUUUCAAACCUUUGGAUGAGAUAGAAGCCAACAUGAAAAUCGUGGCGGAGUACUAUCUCGACAAUGUUUCAGCAAGCAAGGUCACAAGCGAGGAAGACGGCUCGGGGCUUAUCCAAAUGUUGCACCGUCAGGCCACUUUAGGUUUGAAGGGACGAGUUGGUGCCCAGUCCAGAUAUAUUGGCGUGGUCGAAAAGUAUAAUGAGUUGGUUGCGGAGAAGCGCAGGGAUGGCACGAUCGCAAAGAAACUAGACGAGAUGGCCCGUGUUGAUCUCAAGCUCGUCGAGCAUAUUAUUAAGAACCAGGUCUACGCUCGCACUGUGUCGCCUCAGGUCAAUCUUGUCAGACACUACGAGAGCUUUUCCGACAACGUCUACGGAGAGCUCCUGCCCAAGUUUCUGAGCCGCAUCUUCAAAGAGACGAAAUUGGAAUCCGAUCAGAUCUUUAUCGACCUCGGUUCAGGUGUUGGUAACUGCGUCCUUCAGGCAGCACUAGAGACCGGAUGUGAAUCUUGGGGCUGCGAGGUCAUGGACAAUCCUAAUGCGUUGGCUCAGCUUCAGGCAGAGGAAUUCCCUGCUCGGUGUCGCCUGUGGGGGAUCAAACCCGGCGAAGUCCACCUAAUUCAUGGAGACUUCCUGAAGAAUGAACAAGUCCGGCAGGUGUUAAAGAAGGCAGACGUUAUCCUCGUCAAUAACCAGGCAUUCACAGCUGAAUUGAAUGACAAGCUGAAAUAUGUGUUCUUGGACCUGAAAGAAGGAUGCCAAAUUGUCAGCCUCAAGCCAUUCCGCAGCCCGGCGCAUAAAAUCAAGGAUUCGAACGUCAACGACCCUGUCAAUGUGCUUGCAGUCAUGGAGAAGGAUCGUUGGAGCGGCAUGGUCAGUUGGACGGAUGAUCCUGGAAAAUGGUAUCAUCAGCGUAAGGAUUCAAGGGAGUUGGAGGUCUUCGUCAAGAGCAUGGGAGGCUUGAAUUAG